ACGUAGAGUCAGUUAGUGCAGUGUUAUGCUGGUGUAUGGACGUGUUGAGGAUUGAAGCCGGUUUCGUAUUUACAAACUUUGUCGAUUAUUUUGGUUAUGAAUACGUUUUGAAACGACAGCCGCGUAGCGUGUAUUAAAUUUUCACGACUGUUAGCGAAUAAUUAAGUUUGUUUUAGUUGAGUUUUUUUUUGUUUUGUGUAUGUAACCUUGUGUUUGGUUUCGCCGCAAGAUUUUCGAAUCUAUUUUGGCGGUUAUGAUGUAACAAACAGAAGUCCCUAACUAGAAUGGGAGCAGGGUGCUGAGGGAUCAUGCACACUUCGAUGAUGAUGACUGUCAACUCUCCACCUGUGCCUCAUCGAGACAUCACCGGGGUAUCAGCUACAUCCUACCGCCCAUACAACGAAGAAUAUGCUUCCGUCCAACGCCAUAUCGAUAGACCUCAACCCGAACUUGACAUCGACCGUAGUAAGAAGGAUAAGAAAUGGUCCAUCGGAAAAUUGUUCAGGAGAAAGAAAAAGGAAGAGGAAAGUGGCUCGUCAUCACAAAGUGAUGAAGGUGGACGAUCACCAUCGAAGAGAAAGAGCAAAAAGAAAAAGCGAGCGCCUGCUGUCAAUAACUUUGAUCAUAUAGUUAUCAGAGACACACGGCGAGCUCAAAGUUUGGCCAAGCCUAUUGUACGAGAUAUUACUGAUGAUGGAAUCUUAUCCGAUCCCUCAGCAGGUUUCCUGAAUUAUCAACCGAGAGUCCGCGACACACGUGCCGACCAACAUGAUUAUCUAUUUGUAAAAGAUGAAAGUAACAUUAGACCUGAAAAGAUGGUAUUAGACACCUCAACUAAAAAAUCGAGAAAGAGUAGACUAAAAGCAAGAGUCGAAGCUCUAAGGAAUAGUAUGAGGGGUGAUUCGAGUAGUGAUGAAGAGUCAUUGAAAUCGUCUAAUUCCUCAUCAAUGUUGCGAUUUAGAAGCGACGAUUCUUUGAUGCGUUCAAGAGAUAGUUCUCUUAACAAAAGGACAAGGAGUGCACGAAACGAACGGUACAUCAAGAGAUUAUCAAGAGACGAAGAGCAUCAACUUAACAAAGAAGCAGAACUAUUGCAACAGGGAUAUUCAAAAGCUGAAGUUGAAAUGUUGACACGAACUCCUACUAGCCAGAGUAGUGGUUAUGGAACUUGUAAACGUGAAAAUACUAACAAAGCGCAUACAGAACAAUUAAAUGAUUUAAAUCGACGUACGAUGAAAUCCGAAUCAGUAUCUUCAUUCCCCUCCACGCAAAGUUAUCCAUCAUCGAUUAAUUUUAAUGCUAAAGUUAACAACGAACAUAUUAACUACUCCAUUAAAUAUCCUAAUAACAAUAUACAUCGCGACUUGCUUCAUCCUAAUAGCAUCAGAGAAAGAACUCCAUCUAUUAAUCAAUACGAGGAUCCCAAUAAUGUAAUGUGUGUUAAAUUUCCACUUGGAAAUGUAAAUAACGUCAAAACUGAGGAAAAAGCACCGCCUGUUCCUCCACCACGUGAUAUGCAAAGAAAAGUAGUCACGCCCAUAUCAAUGUACCAUGAUACUAGUUCUUUGGGUGGAAACAUGAUGAAUACUAACCAACAGAACGUUUUACAUGGUGUGCCUAACAAUGACUUUGAAAGAAUAAUGCGUCGAAGUCAAGAAAGAACAAUUGGUUCAGGAUUUAACGGAUUACGAAGACCAAUAUCAAAUUCUGAAGAUCAUAUUGCAAUGCAAAAUAACGAAUAUUUGCAAAAUUAUAAUUACAGAAAUGAACAACCACGAAGGCCCGCAUCAGUUUCUGCUGAACCUAAUCACUAUGGAAUGUAUAUGAAUAGUCCCAUGUGGAAAAAACGAUUAGAACAAAAUAAAAUUAUGAGACCUGAAGCAAUACAAGUAAAUCAAGAUUAUUUGUAUUAUGCUGAUCAGACUCCUCGGUCCCGGCGACCAAUUAGUAUAAAAACUAGCCAAGGUGGUUUUGAAAGCCAAUAUUUAAGUGAUUCACAGACAACAUCCAAUUUAAUGGAUAACAUUUACAGGAGACCUCGCAAUGCAUCAGAGUUUUGGAAAAAAAUUGAUGAUGCUGAAAAACAAAGGCGGCAACAAACUUUUGUAAAUUCAAGAGGAAGCAGCGAUUAUUCCAGUAGCACGCAAUUAAAUAAAAUAUUUUUGGACAAAACUAAAGUAAAUGAUAGGGGACAGAACAGAGACGUAUCAGAAACAACUCACACAACACAAAGUAAACCUCCGGAAACUAGAUCAUGGAAGGCUACAACUGAAUACAAACGCUCUGUUACGGUAGAACCUCCAAAAUCAAAUACGUCGCCUGUUUUGAAAACACAUACCCGACACAAAUCUGAUACAUUUAUUCCAAACUCUUAUCAGGUUCCAUCAGACGAAGAAGGUUCAGAGCGAAGAAAAUCAACAAAUCUGGAUGAUGCUCUUAAUGAAUUAGAAGCUAUUUACAAUAGUCUUGGCUUAGGUGAUGAAGACUUACUUGAUAGAGCUGAAAGAAGAGAAUUGAUGACACCAAAAUUUAACGAUCGCUGUAAUGACUGGAAUGGCAACGAUGACAAUAUAAAAUUACAAAGUCAACCAUCUACGCCAUUAAGGCGAAUAUCAAGACGUUCUACCUUACCAGACAAAUUACAAGAUGACAUGGCAUUCCGUCGAUUAAAUUCGACAACCAAUAAAGAGAAGCCAAAUUAUAAAGACACACAAGCUCAAAUUAGUUAUAUGUUAGCAUCGCCAGUUUAUGUACCGUAUGCUUCGGAUGAUGACAGGCAAUCUGACCGUAAUGAACCUGAUAUUAUACAUGAUGACGUUGUAUAUAGAAAUAUCAAACAAACAAAUAGCAGGCUGAGAACUGUUGAUCCUCAACCACCUUUUGGUAUACCCGUUGGGCCAGUAUCUCCAGCACCACAAAGUGACUAUUUACAUGCAACGCCAGAAAAUAAAGGAAGGUCGCGUUUUAUUCCUAAAAGAUCACCUGAUAUUGUGGCUGACGAUUUAGCAUAUCGAAGCCUACGCAAAGAUAGCAGACAUUCAACAUUAUUUAAUGGAGACGAAUAUAGUGGCCUAAUUAAUAAUAACCAUAACUAUACAGAAUUUCCCUUCACGAAUAACUCUACGAAUAAUAUUAAAAAGAAGAGGGCUGUAAGGUCUCUAUCUGCAAAUAUCUUUACAAUGAUACAAAAAGAAAUAGAUGACGCUAUCAACAUGACCAAAAAACCUAGCUUACAAAAAACUAAUAGUAAUAGUGACGUUAUGAGGCGCCUUCGUGAUACUUUUGAAAACAACGAUAAUCAACGUGACUGUUAUCCUCGUAAUAAGGUAAAGCAACGGCACAAUACUGUAAAUUUAUUUGCUAAUAAUACACACACACCCACCCAUCAUUUUGCUAAGGAUGAUUCAUUUAUUCACAACGAAAAUAAAUGUCUUGCUAAAUCAUCAUCAUGUGAUAAAUCCACAACAUCAUCACCAUCCAAUAAAUCACCACAAGCAUCUAAACGAUCAUCAAAGGACGAGUUUCAACAAGUACUCAGUAUGCUAGCACAAGAAGCAAUGGAUACGAGUAAUAAAUUGGGAGUCGCAUUAGCUGAGCUAGAUAAAAAUAGAAGUAAGAAUGAUUUGUUAGACACGCAUAAUAAAAUAUCAGACAGCAGGAUUAACUUUUUAAACAGUCUUACGAAUAGUUCUAAUAACGAUGUGGUGUCUGAACUUAAAAAUAAUGAAUUAAACCAUAAUAAGAUAGCCACUGCCAAUUCUCCAAAUGAAAUUAACGAGGACCAGGAAACCACAGGUAAAAAAACUGAGGACAGUUUGCUUAAAAUAUCUAAUCAAUUACACAAAGUAGAAGAUCGAUUAAAACAUAGUUAUGAAAAAGAAAUCAAUUUUGACGAAGAAAGCUCCCGACUAACGUCGUAUGUACAAAAAGAAAAAGAAGAUCCUUUAAAAGUAAAAGAAACGGUAGUAGCACCAGUUGAAAACCAAUUUCAACCGGAUAUAAUACCGGUUAAAGUACAAAAUGAUACAAAAAUGGUUGAAAUUCCACCGGGAUUAAAUUCUAAUACUGAUUUACCAUCACUAAAAUUCCAUCCUUCAAAUCCAUUUCUGUGUAGUGAUGAUAAAGUAAAAGAGCUAAACGAAAUUAAAGCAUUUAAAGAGCUUAAAGAUGGUAUUUCUGAUUUAAUUGCUGGUAUAACAGAAGUGAAUGAUAAAAUAUUUAUUUCCAAAACAGCUCAAAAAGCGACUACAACACAAAAAGAGGCAAUUGACGUUAGUACAACGGAUAGCUUAGCUAAGGCGAUUGCUAAUACAGAAAAAGACAUUCCUGAACGUGUUAAUAUACCCUCUUAUGCAAAAGAAGAUAAACCGGAUGACGCGGAUUCGACUGAAUAUAACUCAUCUGAAGAACUGGCUACAAUAUUUAAGUUCGAGGAUAGAGUCAAUAAAUCUAUUAUUCAUAAUAACAACGACCCAGACGAUGAGAAACGACCUGAUUUAAGUUCACCAAAACUUGUUCGGACGAUGAAUCAACAACUCAGAAGGUUAUCGGUUGAUGAAAACACUGCUUGUCAAAGUAAUUCACUGCCAAGUGACGUAGUUCCAUGGAGAGCUAAAAGGCAAAACAAUAAUUCACAAAACGAUCAUAAAGGCAGUAAUACGAAGUCAAAGCGCAAUUGGCACGACUCAGGCACGUUGAUGUUAGCUUGUUCCUACACUGUGAUGCUCUCUCAACACUUGGCAGAUUUGGACUGGCUGAUGCUGCUCGGCUUGCUGUUAGCAAUGAUCACUAUUAUAGCCAUGUUAUUAAUUUAAUAAUUAUAUAAAUAAAUCACAGAAGACAGAUCUUUAGUUAAGUGACUUUGCAAGUUAUAUGGAUGCCUGUACCACAGUAUAAUAUGCCUGUAAUUUUUCUUCUUUUAUCUGCACACAACCUUGUGUUUCAUUAAAUUUUAACUUGUGAAAUGAUUUGACUACUAUCUGUCGUGAUUAUUUUUUAAAAACGUUAC